AAAGAUACUGUACGCAGAUUGAAAUUGGUGUCAGGGUGACUAAAGUCUUAGGCCCUAUAUAAGAAUGUCUUCAAAGCAAACAUUACUUGGUACUUUUCGGGCUACUGAUGCUUGUCAAGCACGGAAAGAAUUUCGCAGUGGGAACCAUUUCAUGACAGAAACAUCCGGUCUGUGUUCAGGUUUUUCACAAGUAAAUAUUGUUAUCGUACCACACUCUUUUGCUAAGGACUUCGCAGGGUUUUGUCAUGCCAACUCCGGUCCCAUGCCAUUGCUAUUUCAAUCCGAGCCAGGACAGUUUACAGCGCCACCACUUGGAGAAGACCUUGAUGUCCGGACUGAUCUUGGAGGUUAUGAUGUAUUCGAGAAUGGUAAGAAGUCAGAAGUGGUAGGAGAUCUUCUGAAAUUUAAUGAUCAAAUGAAAGAGCAUGUGUCAUUCUACCUGGGAUGUAGUUUCUCAUUUGAGAAAGAAUACCUAGAUGCUGGGCUUCCACUCCGAGCUGCUCAACAAAACCGCAACACUCCAUUAUACCUCACAAACGUUAAGUGUAUGCCAUAUGGAAUGUUCAAAACUUGCCGACAGUUUGUAAGUAUGCGGCCAAUACCUAAGCACCAGCUAGAGCUUGUGACCAAUGUUACGUUACCAAUGGUGAAGUACCACGGAGCACCGAUGCAUAUCGGAGACCCAGGGAUGAUCGGCAUUGACCUGAACAAUCAUGACAUGGGAGAUGUAUUGGACUUGGAAGAGGGUGAUGUACCGGUGUUCUGGUCCUGUGGUGCAACCGGCAUACCAGCGAUUAAGAAUUGUGGCGCUAAUCUUGGGUUUACACAGGCACAGAGCUGCAUGCUAAUAACCGACAUACCUACAGAAAAAGAUGACCUCGGUGACAAUGCCAGUGUAGCAGUGAUUAAAGUCCAGGAAGUCCCGUUUUUUGCCAGCAUCAUCUCACACGCCAAACUUCAAGAAAUAAACAGAUUCCUAAAAGAUUCUGCUAUAACAAGAAUGGAUGAAGUACUGAAGUGUGCGAUAUGGUUAUCACAUUCAUCAUCAGUUGCCAUAGUAACUGACCAGUUGGACAACAAGAACAUUAAUGGAGUGCUGACGUUAGUUCAAGUAACCUUGGCUUUGAAGAUGAAAGUGAAGGUUCUACUUCAUACCGCAACCAAUGACAACUUGAUAAAUGAUGUAAAGAAAAGACUUGAGAUACAAGAUGGUGUAAUGGAGAAAGUGAAGGUUGAGCAGAUACCUAAAAUGAUUGGUGAGGGCACUACGGAAUCUGCGGAGCGGGAUGCGGAGAUGAUUGAUUAUGUAAUAAUGCACAUGCCCAAAACUGAAGUUGAUAUUUCAGACUUCAUGGAACAGGUUAAACAGACAUCUGAAAGAGUAAAGAUUACAGCGGUAACAGAGAAUGAUGUGAACACCAAAUGCACAGCCGACUUCAACAUUGAUUUGGCGAGUGGAUGUGGAUGCCAGCUACUGGCAUCACUACUUGUGAUAUUGAGGUCAUGCCCGAUUCAUGAACGCUACCAGAGGAGAAAUAUCGGUUACCCACAAUCUUCACAACUAACAGAAUCACUGCAAGAGAUUGUAGCAGUUAAAUAGGAAGGAUGCAGCAUAGUUGCCCCGGAGAGGGGCUGUGCAUCCCCCACCCCAUACAACAACGUUACUGUUAUUUGAACUAAAAAUAUAAAAGGAAAAAGAAGGAUUUAAUUGUUUAUUUUAACUAACAAUAUUAAAGGAAAAACAAGGAUUUACUAUAAAAUGUAUAGCUAAAUAUUAAUUAUUUUUGAUUGUAUAUAAGUUCUAUAAACUCAAAAUAUUACUGAAUUAUUAUAAAUUUUAUAAGAUACAAAAUAUAGUUUUUUGGAUAAGUCACAGGUAUAUUUUCACAACAAAUCUCAUAAAGUAAUAACAAUAAUACAGUACUUCUAACUCUCCUUUAUAAAAAUGUAUAACAUUUAAAAAAAGUACUGUAUAAAUUUUAUAGAAUUAUUAUUUCUACAGAAUUGUGUUUAUGCAAAUUUAAUAGACCUUUAUAUUAAGUGUUUCAUUGAAUAGGCAGCAUUAUAUUAUACUGAACACCAACUUUUCAUUACCCCUGUAAAGCAUGCUUCACUACACAUUUAUUAUGUAAAAUCCCAAUAGACACAAUUUUUAACACAAGUUUAGUCAUGCUGACGCAUUGCAAAAUAACAUAAAUUUAGUUGUGUUUACCUCUAUGAUUUAACAAUGGGCUUCUACCAUGCGUCCAUAAAUCAGGCAUCUGGAUUCUGCAACCUUUAACAUUUUAUCAUGUCUAUGAUAAAGUUUUUAGUUCCUGUUGGCUGCUAUGUUAAAUUUAGCAGGGCUAAUAAGAAUACCACCAAUCUUGGGGAGUUUUUUUAUAGUUCAAUUUUAGAUAUGUAUGGAUUAACCAAGCAUGUAGAAUCCUUAAAGAAAAUAUAUUUCAUAUAAGAAAAGGCAACACACAUGCUGCCCAUGCACUUUUUAAUAAUUAUGUAUGGUUGCCCUCUGGGAAGAGACCCAAAUGCCUAAAAUGUACAACAGAUUCCUUAAUUCAUUUGUACCAGAUUCCUUAAGAAACAUGAACAACUCCCUAUGCGUAAAAUAAAAUAAUAGGUUUCCCCAAUAUCCAUUACAAUCAUAAUAUUCUGUUUCUCUUGAAACACGUAUUGUUAUUUGUGUAAUAUCACAAGUUUAAUCACGCUUGCAACUAUCACACAGAAUAUUUAUUUAUUCUGAUACAUAAAGAUAAAUGUUAUUUAUGUUAACUGAUGCUUUGCUCUGAAUACUACUGUAUUAAUACAGUAUUACAACUUCCAGUUUCUUUAACUACUUUUAACAUGUUUGCUUUUUAUAUAUUGUUUUUAAUUAAGUGUUAUAAUCAUAUUUUGAGUAUUUUUAUAUAUAAUUUAUUUGUUUUGUAUUUUAAUCUUGCAAUGAAUUGUUUUGCUGCCUAGUAUUUCCAAUUUGGACAAUAAAUGAAAUCUUGAAUUCAUAACAUGCUUUUGGCUUGUUCGAAGCAUGGAAAGUACCUAGUGAUCGAUUUUUGGCGCCAUUUAUAGCCUACAUCAUCAUGCUAACUUUUAAUCCACCCUGUGCACAUUUAAUACCCAGGUGUUGCAUUUUUGUCUUUACAUUGAAAAUGUAUAAUUCGCACCUUCAUUAUGUUUUAAAUAUUUUUUUUUUAUGGUUUUGUUUUUCCUCAAGGGUCAAAUUAAAUUGCCUUGUGGGCGGCCUAUUAAGGACCAGGGUUCUAUACAGUAUCACCUUUCCUUUAUAAUACUGUAAUUUCUAAAAAUUUGUUGUUUAUACAAAUUUAAUAGGCUUUUUAUACAUUGAAUGAAUAACAAAUGUUUCAUUGAAUAGGCAGCAUUAUAAUAUAUUUUUAAUUACAUAAUUAUAUAAAUUUAUUUCAUCUCAUGAAUAUGCCAAUGGGGUUAGACUAAUUCAAACAUCUUGCAACUUGUAAUCAAUUUUAUUGAUGAAUAAAGUCAAGGAUGCAUGAGGUAUGAACACAUUAAAAGAGCUUGGAACAUUGAGACUGGGGCAGUCAGGGUCCCAGAAUAAACAUCCCUGGGGGGCCAACAUUUCACCCCAUUCCAACCCUCAGCCUAACCUAGCCUGGCCUGGCUAGGGUUCAAAGGAAGAGUUACAUUGUGGUUUUAGAGCACAUUGGAUAGAAAAAUUAUUUUUGGUCCGACCACCUCAUCCUGUCUGAUGGGGGAAUCCUUAAACCCUGCUAGCACCACCACUAGCAGGACCCAAUACCAUGUGGUGAAUCUAGCUGGUUAUUGAAUGGUGAAUUGAACAACUGAAAAUAUGCAAAUUACAAGCAAACCACUUAUUUUUUUUCUCACAUCAUUUACAAUUAUUUAUUUCAUCUUUAAAAACAAAAUGUGCAGAGCAGAGUACCAGAAAGAAUCAAUUUGUUUUAAUUUAUAAAAGAAAGAACAAAAUAUACAGCUAAUUAAAAUCAUUUUUAAGUAAAUAUACAUUAGGAUAUUCCAACCAAAUCAUUGCUCUUAAACUGUACAAAGUAACAACACUGAAAACAUGUAUGAACAAAAAAAAAACAAAAACAAACUAUAUUUUCAACAGAUAAAUCAUUAAAAACAGAAGCAAGAAAGAACAGAGCACACUAGGCACUGGUUAGCUGAACACCAGCCAACACUACUACUGUAUAUCGUGCUAAGCUUUUAUCACACCCAAAACACAAUAUUUAUAAAUGUAAAUCGGUAAUUUGAAAGAAGAAAUAAUACAUACAUUACAAUUAAAUGAAGUCCACACUGUUAAAGACAUACGGUUCGUCGUAAAUUCUUGAAAAACCUCAAAAAUCAAUUGAACAUUGAAUCGCUCGUUUAAAAAUGUGAAACAUGUGAACUUCACAGGGCUAAGGUAACAAGUCUUUGAACUUAGAGCAUUUCACACCAAAAUGACUAACUAGCUCGCAUUCUAAUGUUUUGCUGGUAGUAUUAUGCGGUUAAUGGUGUGGAAAACAAUUUCUUAUUAUAGUUAUUAAUUGAUAGCUAAUACUGUACAGGUCUCCCGCUAAUGAAGGACCCCUCAAAUUAAAGCCCACCUCCAAUUAAAGAUCAUUUUCCUGUGGCCCCAAAGACCAAAGCUGCUAAAGACCAUGGACAAUGACAUGAGCAAUUCAAAAAUUGAAUUUUUUUUUAGUUCAACACAGAUGGCAUUUCUUUAACAGUGUGAAAUUAUUUAAAUGCACUUUUAAUACACAUUCAUACAGAUAUUAAAAUACAGAACAUGCUCUUUUGAUUCCAACAAAUUUGUAAGUUCUUACAAGAAUUCAUUUUGUGAAUGACAUCUACUUUAUUAUUUACACAUUCAACAACAUUUCAACAUUCGUUCAAACUAAUACGAAAUAGCAUGAUAGAAAGUUUUACGUGAAGGAAGCUGUGUUGUUCAUAAAUUCCUUUCACAAAUUAUUCAUAUAAUAGAAUUACAGAACUAUAAUUCUUCUAGCAAUAUUCAAAUUAUUUUGUCACAAUUUCAUUCUAUGUAAAUAAUCAUACAAUAAAUUUAUAUUCACAAUCCUUUAAUAUUGUUGAUAUUUAAACAUAAUUUUCAUCAGCACAAGUCAGCACGCCAUUAACCAAUCAAAAUCAUUGUAAUGUUUACCAUCUAUGGUAAUUAUAUACUGAAAAAGUGUGUACCAUACAAGAUACAGUAUUUGGAGAAAGAUACACAAUAGUUUGUUUAAAUACCUUGUAUCUGUUUCUACAUUA